UCUCGGUGGGCUUUGCUGGCUAGUUUUCGCCUGCGAAGGCAAUGACCGAAGUGGGUGGAUGGUUCCUUUGUUGCUGAGGUGCAGGAGGAUCAGGAUGAGCAUCUGGGAAUCCGGCAAAGCAUUGGGGGUGUCCACGGUUCCCCUUUCUAAUGGCUUAAACAUUCCCAUAUUGGGGCUGGGAACAUCCCAUGAAGGUGGCUAUUCCCACGAUGCUGUGGUACACGCACUUCAGAAAUGUGGCAUUCGUCAUAUUGAUACGGCAAAACGAUACAGCUGUGAAUCACUCCUGCAGAAGGCUAUCAAAGAGAGUGGAGUGGAACGGAAAGAUCUCUGGAUAACAACUAAACUCUGGCAUGCUGACUAUGGCUAUGACAAAACAAAGCAAGCCUGCUUAGAGUCUUGCAACAGACUUGGGGUGGAAUAUCUAGAUCUUUAUUUAGUACAUUGGCCAGAUGCACAAGUCCCUGGAAAAAGCAGUCGAGAAGUCAGAGCAGAAACUUGGCGGGCUAUGGAAGAGUUGUAUGAGAAAGGUGUAUGCAAGUCGAUUGGAGUAAGCAACUUUCUUAUUGAGCACUUGGAGCAGCUCAGGGAGGACUGUCAGAUAACCCCACAUGUAAAUCAGGUAGAAUAUCAUCCUUUCCAAAGGCCUCAAGAGCUAGUGGAGUAUUGCCAAAGCAGGAAUAUUGUUUUUGAAGGCUACUGUCCACUAGCUAAAGGUGAAGCCCUUAACCAUCCUAACAUUGUUCAGCUUGCAAAGAAAUAUGGCAGAACUCCUGCACAAAUCUGUAUUCGUUGGAGCAUCCAGAAUGGCAUAGUCACCAUUCCAAAAUCUACAAAACCUGAGCGAGUCCAAGAAAACUGUCAGGUCUUUGAUUUUAGGCUUGAAAAAGAAGAUAUGGAAUUGCUUGACUGCCUGAACAUCAACAGAAAAUUGGUCUAUCUAACCUAUCCAUUAUGGAAGGGAUAACCAUAAAGUGGUUACAGAAUACAGUGGCUGAGAACAUGACGACUUCUGAAUUCUCCCAAGCUUGUUUCUGCUAUUUACUUAAUGCAUUCAGAGCUACUGCAGAUUGAAUAAUUUUUGCUCAAACCUAUCUUUCCUUAUUAACAAAUUAUUAGACUAUUGUAUGUGGUGGUCCCAUUUCCAAGUUCUCACUAAAAGACUUUUCAGGAAGUUGUAAGUUACUCUUGAGCCUAAUUAGAACUGAAUUAAAAAAGACAUUGCUAAACUUAACACAGCUGCAGCCCUGUUGGUUUUGGCCAUGUGUGAGACAAUUUGGAGUUAGGAACUGCAUGGUAAUUAAAAUUAAUUAAUUAAGACCAUUAAUGUUGGAUUAAUGUUUUGUUUUUAUCUACUCAUUUUUGCAUGGAGGUAACCAAAUCAGUUUAGAACCACAUAUUGCUGUUACACAAUUGCAAUCCAAUUGUAUUGCCAA